UUUGGAUCCAUUGCAAUCCCUUCAUCAUCCCGAAAAUGAGAGAAAUCUUAAACAUACAAGGAGGCCAAUGCGGCAACCAAAUCGGUGCAAAGUUUUGGGAGGUCAUCUGCGACGAACAUGGUAUUGAUCCCUCCGGCCAAUACAAUGGUACCACCGCCGAUCUCCAGCUUGAGCGUAUCAACGUUUACUACAAUGAAGCCUCCGGCGGCCGUUAUGUUCCCCGUGCUGUGCUUAUGGAUCUCGAGCCUGGCACCAUGGACAGCAUCAGAUCUGGUCCCUACGGCCAGAUCUUCAGGCCUGAUAACUUCGUUUUUGGCCAGUCCGGCGCCGGUAAUAACUGGGCCAAGGGGCAUUAUACAGAAGGCGCUGAAUUGAUUGAUUCUGUGCUUGAUGUCGUUCGCAAGGAGGCUGAGAAUUGCGAUGCGUUGCAAGGUUUUCAGGUAUGUCACUCGCUUGGAGGUGGAACAGGUUCUGGUAUGGGGACACUCUUGAUCUCCAAGAUUCGAGAGGAAUACCCAGACAGGAUGAUGCUCACAUUCUCCGUUUUCCCUUCACCAAAGGUAUCCGACACUGUUGUUGAACCCUACAAUGCGACACUUUCAGUGCACCAAUUGGUCGAGAAUGCUGAUGAAUGCAUGGUCCUCGACAACGAGGCUCUUUAUGACAUUUGUUUCAGGACUUUGAAACUCACCACACCAAGUUUUGGUGAUUUAAACCAUUUGAUCUCCGCAACCAUGAGCGGUGUAACAUGUUGCUUGCGAUUCCCUGGUCAAUUGAAUUCUGACCUUCGUAAGCUAGCGGUUAACCUAAUCCCAUUCCCACGUCUCCAUUUCUUCAUGGUGGGGUUCGCACCCUUAACUUCUCGUGGGUCCCAGCAAUACAUCUCUCUUAGCGUCCCAGAGUUGACUCAGCAGAUGUGGGAUGCUAAGAACAUGAUGUGUGCAGCGGACCCUAGACAUGGCCGAUAUCUGACGGCAUCUGCCAUGUUCAGGGGGAAGAUGAGUACCAAGGAAGUAGACGAACAAAUGAUCAAUGUUCAAAACAAGAACUCGUCGUAUUUCGUUGAGUGGAUUCCAAAUAAUGUGAAAUCAAGCGUUUGUGAUAUUCCUCCAACUGGGCUGAAAAUGUCUUCGACUUUUGUUGGAAACUCGACUUCUAUUCAAGAGAUGUUUAAACGAGUGAGUGAGCAGUUUACUGCCAUGUUUAGGCGCAAGGCUUUCUUGCAUUGGUAUACAGGAGAGGGAAUGGAUGAAAUGGAGUUUACAGAGGCUGAAAGUAACAUGAAUGAUUUGGUGGCGGAGUAUCAACAGUAUCAGGAUGCAACAGCGGAGGAAGAGCAGGACUAUGAGGAAGAGGGUGGUGGUGAAGAAGAGGAGUAAUUUUUAUGUUCGAUUCGGAGAAGAAGGAUUGCCCGUAUCGAUUUAUAUUCCUAUUUGGAUUUAUAUGUUUGAUUUCUGUUUGUUAAUUUGGAUUCCAGUCUAAUGACCUUCAAUGUACUUUGAUUUCUUAUGAUUUUGAUUAAUGCAAGCAUUUCAAUAAGCAUUCCCAGA